GCCUCCCCAACACCAAUGAGCUCCCCCUCCCAUACCCCUAAUCCAUCCCCUACCCAGUCCCCUUCCCAAUCCCGUUCCAACAAUGCUGAAAACCCUUCCAACCAGCAGCCGCAACCCAGCUCUGGAGGCUCAGCCCCUUCCCCUUCCCCCACCCGGGGACCAUCCGCCUCCCGCCAGCCAUCUCAUACGGUCACCCCAGCCCCCUCGCAGCACUCGUCCAGGUCCUCCUCACUGUCCCCUAGCCCUCAUGUCCAGCACGUACCUCGAGGGUCUUCUCAAGUCCCGACUCCACCUGCCUCUAAAUCUCCCUCCCAGACUGGAUUAAAAUCCCUCUCUCGAAACACUUCCCUGAACCCUGUGACCAGGUCCCCGUCCCACAGCCCUGCCAACUCGGCCUUAUACAUCGGGCCCAUUCGAAACAUCCCAUCCUACAUUACUCCCUAUGUGCCCCGCUUCCUGAAGGAGCCCCCAUUUUUCCAGCCCCCUACCUCGCCCCUGCCUCAAAACGGAUGUUUUCCCUGUCCGUUUCCUUGUCAUACCCGGGAACCUCAGCCACCACCGCCACCUGACUCCCUCUACCUCCCCCUCCUACCACCGCCUCCUCAUCACCCCCAUGUUUCCUGCUCCUUUCCCACACCUCCUGCUCUGUUCACACCCCCAUCCUCCCUCUCGUACUCCCCACCCACCGAGGUCCUGUUGAAGGGGAAGCCACACGUGGUGCCGUCAUCGCUGCCGGCCACCUUCUACACCCCCUUCUCCCGGUUCUACUCCCAGCCCCGGCCUUACCAGCGCACCAGGCACUUCAGCACUUAUUCCUACCCUUCCCUCUCCCCCUUCCAAUAUGAAAGCUCGGGACGCUCUGUCCACUUCUUCCGUGGGUCCUAGGCCUC